AUGACACUGCCGGCGACGAUCAAGAAGAUGCGCCCGAGCCGCGCGGAGCCGAGCGUGCCGGCCCGGAACCGCUCCCGCCUGGUCAUCCUCGGCUCCUCCAAGGUGGGCAAGACGGCCAUCGUGUCGCGGUUCCUCACGGGCCGCUUCGAGGACGCCUACACGCCCACCGUGGAGGACUUCCACCGCAAGUUCUACUCCAUCCGCGGCCAGCUCUACCAGCUGGACAUCCUGGACACGGCCGGCCGCCAGCCGUUCCCCGCCAUGCGGCGCCUCUCCAUCCUCACCGGAGACGUCUUCAUCCUCGUGUUCAGCCUGGACAACCGCGAGUCCUUCGAGGAGGCGCAGAGGCUCAGGCAGCAGAUCCUGGACACCAAGUCCUGCCUCAGGAGCAAGCCGGGCGGGCGCCGGGACGUGCCGCUGGUCCUCUGCGGCAACAAGGGCGACCGCGACCUGCACCGCGAGGUGCAGCCGGCCGAGGUGCGGCGGCUGCUGGGCGCCGGCCCCGCGCGCUGCGCCUACUUCGAGGUCUCGGCCAAGAGGAACAGCAGCCUGGAGCCCAUGUUCCGCGCGCUCUUCGCCAUGGCCGGGCUGCCCGGGGAGAUGAGCCCGGGCCUGCACCGCCGCCUGUCGGCGCCGCACGGCGAGGCGCUGCACCAGGCGCUGCGGGCCGGGAGGCAGCCGCGCGCCGGGCCGGGGGGCGCCCUGGGCGUCGUGGCGCCCUUCGCGCGCCGGCCCAGCGUGCACAGCGACCUCCUGUGCGUGCGGGCCCAGGCGGGCGGCCGGGCCAAGCACCGGGAGCGCUGCGUCAUCAGCUAG